UGCAAUUGUUAAAGCUGAAGAACGAAUUGAAAGUAUGAAUCAAGAAAUUAUUAUAUGCUAUUUUGCUUUUGGAAAAAAGCUUAAGGAAAGAAAACUUUAUAAAGAAGUUGAAAAACAGCUCCCAUCUAACCUCUCAAAAAAUGCAAUUGAGAAAAGAAUAGAAAGAGCAAGAAAAAUUUAUGACCUUUUUAGUAGCAUAGAUGAGGAUAAAAUACAACAGGAGGAGUUUGAAUGA